AGAUCUUUCACCAAUUUGUUGGGUUUUUUUCCAUCAAUUGCUACUACAGAAAAGCCAUGUACCUUAUUCUGUUCACUGGCUGGGAAGGAUCAACCCAUUCUUCUAACAGAAAAGGUGAUGGAUGGGACAUCUUGUGGCCAACGUGGGUUAGAUGUCUGUGCAGAUGGUAGAUGCCAGAAGUUUGGCUGUGAUGGCAUAAUAGGAUCUCUGGCACGUGAAGAUCAUUGCGGUGUAUGCAAUGGUAAUGGAAAGUCAUGCAAAGUUAUUAAAGGUGAUUUUAACCAUACCAGAGGAGCAGGUUAUGUGGAAGCAUUGGUAAUACCUGCAGGAGCAAGGAGAAUCAAAGUUGUGGAAGAAAAACCAGCUCACAGUUAUUUAGCUCUUCGAGAUGCUGGAAAACAGUCAAUCAAUAGUGACUGGAAGAUAGAGCACUCAGGAAUAUUCAAUAUUGCUGGGACCACUGUCCAUUAUGUUCGGAGAGGUCUCUGGGAGAAAAUAUCAGCCAAAGGUCCCACAACAUCACCUUUACAUUUAUUGGUGCUACUCUUCCAUGACCAGAGCUAUGGUCUACACUAUGAGUACACAAUCCCAUUGGAUCCUCUUCCUGAGAAUCAGAGCUCUAAAGUACCAGAGCCUCUUUUCAUGUGGACUCAUUCUGGCUGGGAGGACUGUGAUGCUGUAUGUGGAGGAGGUGAAAGAAAGACAAUGGUCUCUUGCACUAAGAUUAUGAACAAAAAUAUCAGUCUUGUGGACAAUAAGAAGUGUAAAUAUUUAACAAAACCUGAACCGCAGAUCCGCAAGUGCAAUGAGCAGCCAUGCCAGACCAGAUGGAUGAUGACAGAAUGGACUCCAUGUUCAAGGACAUGUGGAAAAGGGACCCAGAACAGACAAGUAGCAUGUACACAGCAGCUCAGAAAUGGGACCCUGAUUAGAGCUAGGGAGAGGGAUUGCCUUGGGCCUAAACCUACUUCUGCACAGCGCUGUGAAGGCCAGGAUUGCAUGACGGUGUGGGAGGCAGGAGUCUGGUCCGAGUGCUCUGUAAAGUGUGGUAAGGGAGUACGGCAUCGGUCUGUGAGGUGCACCAAUCCCCGCAAGAAAUGUGUUUUGUCCACAAGACCUAAAGAAGCAGAGGACUGUGAGGACUAUUCCAAGUGCUACAUCUGGAGAAUGGGAGACUGGUCUAAGUGCUCCGUUACCUGUGGCAAAGGGAUGCAGUCCCGAGUCAUCCAGUGCAUGCACAAAAUCACAGGAAGGCAUGGCAAUGAAUGCUUUUCUUCAGAAAAACCUGCAGCCUACAGACCCUGUCAUCUUCACCCCUGCAAUGAGAAAAUUAAUGUUAACACAAUAACAUCACCCAGGUUAGCUGCUUUAACAUUCAAGUGCCUGGGAGACCAGUGGCCUGUAUACUGCAGGGUGAUAAGAGAGAAGAACCUCUGUCAAGACAUGAGGUGGUAUCAACGAUGCUGUGAGACAUGCAGGGACUUUUAUGCACAAAAAAUGCAGCAAAAGAGUUGACAUCUAUCAGGCUGGCUGACUCUCCGCUCUUUGCAAUCUUGUUAUUUAUAAAAACACACAGGCCCGUACACACACAUGCACGCUUCUUCAGACCAAAUAUUAUCAGAUUACAUGUAAUUUAAUCAAAUUAAUUUAUUUUUGCCUGCCAGACAUCGUUAAUUGUUUUGGUUAGACAGCCAACUUCUUUUAUUCUCUGAUGUUUUCAUAACUAAUUUUUAUAUGUACAAUUUUAGAUAUGUUUAUCAAAAUUUUAAAAAAAGGUAACUAGUAUUUUAAAGGUUUAUUUUCAUUAGAGUUGUCUCUCUGUUGCCAAAAAAAAGUCAUGUUAUCUUGAAUUUAUUUUAAUUUAGCUGAAUAGUUUUGUUGUAUAUGGAAAUAAAGCCUUUUUCAAUUUUAUUUUAUUUUUGGCAUUCAUAGUCAGAAUUAUCUUGUGUAUUUUGCAACAGAUCUUGAGGUGAGUAAGCUAACAUUGAACAGGUUAUUAGAGAAUGUAUU